AUGAAGCUCACACUGAGAUCUCUUGAUCUACUCAUUUGGGCCGCGGCGGUCUCUGUCCGUGCUGCCAUCAAUCCUGACGGUGAUCAAGUGAGCGGGCAGGUGACUGACGGCGACCCUUCACCCAUCGCCGACCCCUUGACCUAUCAUCCGGACCAGCAUGACUGUCCGCUCCCGUGUACGGACUUGUCCAACGUGCACAGCUGGAUCACCUACUUCUCCGUCGACCGUCUCAGGCGCUGCAAGGAGCCCAUGCUACUGCAGUUUUCAGUUUUGCAUCCUCUUGAUGAUCCUCGGACCACCACAUUAAUCCGCGGCUGCACCCUCAGCUCCAGCACAGGAGAUGCUGACAAGUCUUCUGUUUCUGCUAUGGCCACUGAAGUCGAGAACCCUAAGAAAGAGGCCAAACUCUUUGAGCCCAGCCUUGAUGUCGCGCCGGCCUGCAUUGCACCCGGGCUGGAGACUCAGGGCAGGCUGGAGCUGGCAGCAAGCGGCGCAACCGGCAAUAGAGAUGUCACCGAGGUCACUUCUCUACUGGAAGACAUGCAGAAAUACUUCGAGGCCAAAGAUAACUGCAAUGAGAGGUUCCUAUUUGGAUAUCAUAAGCAGACCGUCGCAAGCAUCUACAUCGGCGCGGAGCUAGGCAAGCCCACAGUGGGCUCGGCCGUCACAGCUCUCGUCAAGCAUCUCAAGGCCGCCGGCCCGACUGCCAAUCAGACUGUUGCUCAGCUCUGUAGCGGAGUACUCACUGCUAAGGCCGUUCUCGGCGUCGCGGUUGACACCUCGAGCGAUCUCGUCGCGGUCCAGAAACUCGCGGCCGACUGGCAAGCGGGCAACUGCGCGGCCGGUGCGGAUCUGAACCCCGUCAAGGGCGGCACGCCCGACAUCAAGGUCUUCCACCUCGCUAGCGGCAGUAGUAAUGGCACCAUGCAGAGAAACUCAACUUUCGAAAGCAACUCAACUAUUGGAGAGUCGUCGGCUUAUCGAUUCCGUGCCAGGAGGGCCGUAAUUGGCAAGCGCGCGACCUGUUCCACCAUCAAGGUCAAUGAUGGUGACACCUGUACUAGCCUUGCAUCUAGGUGCGGGAUCAGAGGCUCUGCUUUCGCCACUUACAACCCCAAGGUUGACUGCAGCAAGCUCAUGAGGGGCCAGUCUGUGUGCUGCACUCUUGGCGACCUGCCCCGGCCCCGGCCCAACGCGGACGGCACCUGCGCAACGCACCUGAUUGAAAAUGGGGACACGUGCGCCAGUUUGGGUCUCAAGUACGGUCUCACGGUCGACGAGAUCGAGGGUUUCAACAAGGGUAAGACCUGGGCAUGGACUGAGUGCAAGGACAUGUUGGGAGGCUACAACAUGUGCCUCAGCACUGGCACGGCGCCGCUGCCGCCGCCGCAACAGGGAACCGAGUGCGGGCCCCUGGUCCCCGGCACGCGGCCACCAACCGAUCCGUCAGUCUCCCUCGCAGACCUCAACCCCUGCCCGCUCAAGGCAUGCUGCAGCAACUGGGGUUUCUGCGGCCCGUUCCCGGCACACUGCGACAUACAUGCCCCACCCGGCGGCGGUCCGGGAACAAGGCUGCCGGGGUUCCAGAGCACAUGUGUAUCCAACUGCGGCAACGAGAUCAAGCAGAAUUCCGGGCCUCCGGCAUCCUUUGAGAGGAUCGGCUACUAUGAGUCAUGGAAUUUCAACCGCCCCUGUCUCUGGAUGUCAGCCAAGGAUGUGAAUACGGACCGCACCUAUACGCACAUACACUGGGGGUUUGCCUCGAUUGACCCAAACACCUGGAAACCGGUCGUGGACGAUCCUCACAAGCAGUGGGAGGACUUCAAAAAGCUUGAGGGGGUCAAGCGAAUUCUCUCCUUUGGCGGCUGGGCGUACUCUACCGAGCCGGCAACAUACAACAUCAUCCGGUCAGCCAUCAUUGCCAACAGAGAGGCAUUUGCGACUAAUUUAGCCAAGUUUGCCGAUGAAGAGGGUAUUGACGGUAUCGAUAUCGACUGGGAAUACCCAGGUGCUCCCGAUAUCUUUGUUGGCGGCCAGCCGAUUGGUCAGGCAGGCGAUGGUGUGGCGUAUCUCAGGUUUCUGACUUCGCUCAAAAGCAAGAUGGGGGCCGGCAAGUCGGUAUCGAUUGCGGCCCCGGCAUCUUACUGGUACCUGAAGGCUUUUCCCAUCGAUAGGAUUGCGGCGGUCAUCGACAGAAUCAUUUACAUGACGUAUGAUUUGCAUGGCCAAUGGGACUAUGGCAAUGUGAAUGCUUUCGACUCGUGCCCGUCUGGCAAAUGUAUUCGAAGCCAUGUCAAUCUGACCGAAACGCGCAACUCUCUCUCAAUCAUCACGAAAGCGGGUGUCCCUAACAACAAGAUCUUUGUUGGGGAAUCUAGCUAUGGAAGAUCUUUCCAUAUGGCUCAAGAUGGCUGUUGGGGACCCAUGUGCGAUUUCACAGGCUCCAGAACCCAAUCCGACGCGACACCAGGACGAUGCACCGAGACAGGGGGAUACAUCUCGAACGCCGAGAUCAAUGAGCUCAUCCGGAAAAACGCAAUUACCCAACAAUUCCACGACGGCGCUUCCAAUACGGAUGUCAUACUCUAUAACGGCGACUACGUCAGCUACAUGACACCGACAACCAAAGACACGCGUCGCUCCGACUGGAAAGCGAUGAACUUUGCCGGCAGCAUCGAUUGGGCCCUUGAUUUGCAGGCCUUCACAUCAGACGACAUGAAAGCAGCGCCAGACCGGGGUGACACCGGCUCGGAGGGGUGCGUCAGCGGGAGGGACCUGACCGUCAACAGCGGAGACCUGUGCGAACACAGCUGUGCCUGGGGCUUCUGCCCGGAGUCGCUCUGCCUGUGUACCGAGACUGGGCCCCUCAGGGAACUGCCCGCUGUGGUCGCCGACACCGAGUACAUCGCCUGGGACGAGUUUGACGUUGAUCUCAACCGUCUUUGCAAGUUCAGCUGCAAGUAUGGCAUUUGCCCCAGAGAAACCUGUACGGUCCCCGUAGUCGAUGAGGACGAAGAAGCCGCUUCGGGCGGCGGCAUGGGAGAUACGUAUGAGCAAGCAUCCAGCUACUACUCGGAUGCCCGACUGGCCAACCAAUGGAACUGCCAGAUUUUCCAGGAUCCGGCCAAAAGGGAUAUCAGCAUCAACCAAUGCCGGCCCGUCUGCGCGCCAGCGAUGAAGGAGGCUGAAGCAGAAGGCAGGACCACCAAUUUGGGAUGCGUGGGCUUAUACCCACUCGAUAAAGAGAUCCCGUGGCAAAAGGAGCCUGGGGGUAGGGAAAUCUAUGCUCCUGCAAGAUGCUCCUGCGAUAAUUACCUUGUGAACUUUCUCGCCGACACUGUUAUUGAGGCCAUGCCCAUCAUCGCUCAGAUCGGGUGCUAUAUAGUCAUGUCGGCUCUGAAGCUCGUUCUUGAUGUAGGCUUGCAAUUCAUCCCUGGAGUAGGCAAGACUCUCGACGCCGGAAUGGACAUGGCCACCACGGCCGCGCAGACGGCCAAGUAUCUUUAUCCAGAAGAAGAAGACCCAGAAGGCGCGUUUUCUUGGUGGCUGAGCCCAUGUGGUGGAACUGAACUCGUUCCCGACGAAAUCAAAAGGGUCUUUGGCAUCCUCAGCAACGUGGCGGACGGCGCUUCGAGUUUCAAACCGAAUCCCAAACUCAAGGGCAAGGGCAAGAAGGGCGACGGCGCGAAUCCGGUCGACCGUAGUAAACCAAAGGCCGGCACCGGGAGCGGCGCCAACGGCAAGGGCUCGGCGGGCGUCAAAAAGAAGAAGAAGUGCAAGGUGCCAGCCAACAAGUCGACAACGCGGGUGGGCUAUGCCUCCAACACCUUGCGCAAGCAGAGUUGCCACCCGAUCGACAGCACGACCGCCAAGACCGACCUCAUCGUCACGUCGCUCACCUACGGACCGAGGCCGACCAAGAUCGCGGGACACUGCGACAAGGAGUUCUCGCAGGCGUGCUUCCACUACAGCUCGGCCAUGCGCGUGUCUCCGGCCUGGUCCACGCUUACCUGCCCGCCCGCGGCGGGCACCACCGCACACCGCGAGGACGCCUCUGGGGUAAAGAGCUGGUCGACGCAGCAUGGGGGCAAUGGGUGGCAAGACCCGGCGCACCGCGCGCAGAAAUUCUGCGAGCGCGACGAGUGGCCCCCGGCGUACAUGCUCGACAAAUCGGACCCGGCCUGGCAAAAUUCUGGCCAAAACCGGGCCGGGCAGAUGAUUCGAUGGAUACCGGCAGCUGAUAAUGGCGGCGCUGGCCGCAGCCUGAAGCUGUGGAAGAGCGUAUGCUUCAGGCCCGCGUUUGGGGGCCUCUCGGACGCACAGCUCGACAGCAAGAUCAGCGCCGCCAUGGCCCGGCCGGGCAGCACCAAGCCCGGCAUGGCGCAAAACAUGGUGGGCAUCAGCAUCGAUGAACAUCCCGAGUUCUCCAUCGAGACCUGGGGCCACUCGGCCAACCCUCCCUUCGAUGACGGCCUCUGGGACAAUCCCUGCUGGCCGAAGGCCAUCACCCCCAACGAUCCCGGCUUCUGCCUGCUCGAAUUUGACAGGUGGUACGACAACAACGCCGUGGGCCCUCCGAGCAAGCCCAACGGCCCGGCUUUCAACUAUAGAGCAGCGUAUAACCCGCCAAAUGGGCUAGUGCCCAAUGCUACUGAGGGAGCCCUCCAGCUGUGUCUAGCAAAGCGAUUCGCGCACUCCCUCCUCUCUCACCCUCUCUUUCCCUACCCUCUCAAACCCCCCCGAUCAAAGGCGACACCUCGUCAACAAUACAACACAACCCGGGGAACCGACAUCGACACACACAAACACACACACUCUCUCUCUCUCGUAAAAGCAAGCGCAGCGCACAUGGCAGGCCCGGCUUCCCCCGGCAGCGAAGGCCCGACCUUUGCGCCGCCACCGCUGCCCGCGGGGUGGAUCGCGCAGUGGGACGGCGCCAGCAAGAAGUACUACUUUGUGCAGCUCUCGACGGGCGUGUCGCAGUGGGAGACGCCCACCGACGCCGCGCCCGUCGGCGGCACCCCGGCCCAGGCCGGCGACCACCCCUUCGGAGGCCCGCCCGGCACCGCCCCGCAGAUCAUCACGCACCCGGACGGCACCCAGACCGUCAAGCACCCGGACGGCAGGCUCGAGCCCGUCAUGCCGCCCAGCAGCGGGGACGGGACGAGGGGCCCUGCGGACGGCCCUGCCGGCGAGAGGGGCUUGGGUAGCUUCGCGGGUAACCUGCUAUCGAGCCAACUCGGCGGCGGCAAGCAAAGCGGCGGUGGGCACGGGUCGAGCCCGCUCGGCAACAUCGCAGGACAGCUCAUGGGAGGCGGCGGCCAUUCGAGUAGCGGCGGCGGCAGUGGUGGCCUAGGCGGCAAGCUGGUCGGACAGCUCGCGUCGAAUCUGUUCUCCUCGAGCAAUAACAAGCCGGCCCAGCCGCAAAACUACCACGGCGCUUCCUCAUCAAACCCCCAGAACACGGGUGGCCUGGCCGGGUCUGUCUUUGGAGGAGUGGCCAAUAUGUUUGGUGGGAACCAUGCGCAGAACCAGGGUCAGAACUACGGCUACUCGAACUCGGGCCAGUCAGGCGGCUACAGUGGACAAGCACCGCCGGCAUCAUACCAGACGCCGGGCCAAGGCUCGUACAACCCGUCGACGUCUCAACAACCUUCUCACUCAGGGACUCCGUCCUACCACUCGCCUCCUCCCAACCAGUCACAGAACCAGUCGUAUCCCCCGCCGCCUGGACAGAACCAGUCGUACCAGCCAUCACCAGGCCAAGGCCAGCACAGUGGGUACGGGCAGUCGCACGGCCACCAGGGCCAACAUCAAGGCCAACACCAGGGGCAGCACACUCCGUCGUUCCCGCCACCGCCCGGCCAACAGGGCCACCAGCAGUACCCUCCGCCCGGCCAGCCCCAGCACCAACAGUAUGGCUCUGCACCGCCGCCGCCUCAAGGCCAGCCUGGCUACGGUGCGCCUCAACACCAGUCGCAACACCAGCAACACCAGCAGCACCAGCAGCAGCAGUACGGCGGCGGCGGCAGCAGCUCCCAGUAUUACCCUCCCCCCCCUCAACAAUCCUACGGGCAACCCCAGCCGCAGUAUGGCGGACAGCAGCAUGGUGGUCACCCUCAUCAGGGUCAAGGAUACGGUCAAUAUUAG